UAUAUAUAUAUUCGAUAGUGGAAGUUAGCAGGUUGAAAAGACGAGCUAAUCUUUCUUGGGGGUAAAUAAUGGUGAAAACGCCGUGACGAUGGACCCGAAGACACUGGACGUUUUGUGGAAGAUCAGACGAGCAAAAAGCUUUAUUUCCACAAGCGGAUAAUUUACUGACUCGAGGGAUUUAACAGGUUAUUGGGUAACCUGGCUAGCAGCUUAGCAUACAAUGAUCAGCCAGAAAGCUGCUAAGCUAAGCUAAGCUAGAUAGCUAGCUAAUUAGCCAGUUAGCCGAGGAACUAGCAAUAGCAUACACGUUCACUGGCCAGCACAUGACAAACAUAUGCUGAUUUAAAAAGUAUAAGAAUGUUUCGUUAUUUAAUCCGGAGACUUUUUUUUUGUCCUUACUGGAUGUCUGUAAGAGUUUAAACCCCGUUUAGGAGAAAGUGGCCUAGCUAACGAGGCUAAAUGAAUACAGUGUACAGGAGUUACUAGCUUUUAGCUCUGUUUGUGUUAGCCGACCUCCGAUACCGGCUUGGUUCUAAAAAACGAGUUCGGACCUGGACAAUGAAAUGAAAUGAAUUGUUAAUGAUCUCACAGCUUCAGCCAGUUUCUAGUUAGUUAGCUAGAAACUAAAUUGUAUAGAAUGAGGUAAUGAAACGGUGGCUAAUGAUAUUCUGGCCUAGACCUGGUGCCUCAGUGAUGUGUGAUGUUAACCUGGUGAUUUAAAUACGUUUCAGCAUCAUUUCGUGUUGCAUAGUGUUUAUCUUUAUGACAUGGACCAGGUUGGUUGCUUUAUUCUGAAAGCUGGAGACACUGGAGAUCUUAAGAUUAUAAAGAAGUUGUCCAUGUUUGUAUCUCGCACACAGUAGUCUUAAAGCCCCUAGAUAAUAUUACUAAUUUUACUUUCAUAUCUAAAAAAGUUCAAAUUUUGUGCACAAUAUCAUUUAAAUCCUACUACUUUGUAUAUAGGUCUAAACAUUUCACUCACUUAAGAGACUGAUAGGCUUUAAUUUCGAAUACACAGGCCUGCAAGUUUUUAUUGCUUUGAUUGUUUGUAUUUGUUGAAGCUUUUUUUGGGGGGGGGGGACAGUUGUUACGAAACCAAAACCAGAGUGGUGGUCGUUCAAAGGCAACGUUUUCAUGUGGUCAUCUUUCAAAGAACAUCCUUUCCACUGUCAAAGGUCAAACAGAGGAUCAUGUGAUCCACCACUAUCAGUCAAUGAGAACUGUCAGGGGAAACCUUCUUUGACACGUCGAUGAACGUCCGGCUGUCGUUGCCAAUGGAAAUGAUAAAGCAGGGACUUUAAGAAAGGAGGGAUUUGAGCUACGUGGCAGUGGUGAAAAGAUGGGCUCUCAAGCACUACAGAUUUUGCGCCAGGGGGUAUGGGCUUCGCUGACCGGAGGCUGGUACGUGGACCCCCAUCAGAGCACCUUCUCCAACUGCUUCCACCUCUACCUCUGGAUAUUCCUUCUGGCCUUCCCUUUCCUUCUGUACAUGGCUCUGCCACCCACUGUAGUGGUAGCUGGGGUCUACUGUGUAGUGGUGGCUGUCUUCUUCACUGCUAUUAAGGUGGUGAAUUUUCGCCUGCAUACAAUGUUUGACUUGGGAGAUAUCGUGGAGAAGAGGCAGGCCUCGCUGACCACAGACCUUCAGAGAGUGGAGGAAGGUGACGAGGGCUCGGGAGCUAAUGAUAGCAGCCAACACCGGGGCAGUGGUGUCGGUGUGGAGAUGACUGUAUUCAGAAAGGUGAACUCAACACCUCCAGUGCGUUGCAGCUCCCAGCAUUCUUUGUUCGGACUGAACCAAGUGUCGGAAUUUUUGCCACAACUUGAGGACCCUGGAGGUUCUAAGGACCUCAAAGAGCAGGACAUUGACGGUCUGACCUCAGCACACAGAGAGGUUCUUCGGCAUUCACAUGAUGCAAUCAGAGUCAGUGGUGUUGUUCAGUCCUGUCUUGCUGCGGCCAUUGCUGGAGACUUUCCCAGUCUUUUGGGAGUGGGUGGAGUGAGGUCUGCAGGCUUUGGGAGCCUGCCCCUGCAUGACUGUCCCUCUAUCCCACCUUCACCAUCCAGCCAGGAGGAUGGAGAAGAGAAAGAUACAUCAGUGGCCUGCAACAGCGUGCUGGAGCAGCAGGUGCACCGAAGACCAGAGGAGCCUCGUAUGGGUGGCUAUUCCCCACUCGGCCCUUCAGCUGAGUCUGAAAGCUUGGGUGAUGCCCCUCUCAGCCCGCUCAUCAAGAGCAGCUUGAGCGAAGAACUGAGUGAGAACCUGCUUGGCCUUGGUCUUGACCCAAUGACCUUUGGACCUGGAGUAGAGCAGCCAUGUCGCCACGGUGGUGUAGCGCUGAUGGCUGGAUCAACAGACAGUUGCGUGGCCACUGACCGAGAGACUUUGAGCACAGUUAGCAGCUACCGUAGUGAGAAAACAGACUCUACACAGCUUGAGAGCCCAUCGCUGGGCCAGCAGCACCAAUCAGUCCCUACUCCCUCUUCUGCGGUUCUAGUUAAGGGUUCUUGCCAGCAGCCAGAGGACCUUGCAUUCCUGGGAGGCAGUGACACGGAUGAUCUCUCGGAUAGUGAACUGCUGCGAUCUCCCUCCAAAGAACUGCACCCUGGACAGGGACUCGAUCGAACUCUGGUGGAGGGUGAGGAUGCACCGGCACAGCUCCCAUCCCUGCAAGAUUCUUCCCCUUCUAGUAGUAGUGACCCCUCAGAGGCCUGUGAUCAGGCUCGGGCCAUAACCAUUCCCCCUGUACCCCCUCCACGCCAGGCAGGCUCUGUGCACUCGGGUCUGGUGUGCUCUGAACCUGCCCUGGCUGUCACUUCUGCACCCUACCUGCUGGUUGAACCACCUUCCCUACAGGUUCAGCAGCAGCAGGUGGUGCGCCCCAAAGACUUGAAACUUCUCCGUGCUGGAGGUAGUGUGGCCCAGCGACCCGGGCGCAGGAAAGCACAGCGUAAACGUGGUGCUGCUGGCAGCAGCAGUUUUGACUGUGGCUCGUAUCGACGCCGGCACCAUGGACGUAGCCAAUGCAGAGACUAUGUGCCUGUGCGCAGCAGGCUAGGCGCCAAAGCUUACAGCGAAAGCCUGUUUGAGGACUCCAGUGAUGAGGACGAUGGCAGUGAUGCUAGCGCUGCCUCCAGCCUGGGCUCUCAGCGGCGUUUCAGUUCAGACGACGAGGAUGAGGAUGACUCGAGUUCGUCUACCUCCUGCUAUUCCCCAGAUCCAGGAAUUGCCUCUCAACCUGUCCCUGUCCCACAGCUGCCUAGCCCCAACGAGGGAAAAGACCCGGCCGCAGUAGGCCCACCACAUACUCGCAGUGCACAGCGCUCAGCCAGCACAGCAAGUGCCAAGACUCAUGCCAGGGUGCUUAGUAUGGAUGGUGCUGGUGGAGGCCACACUAGCACAGGAACUCUGGCUUCCACCAUUUUGCCAUUAGCAGCUGCUUCCACUUCUGCUCCACGACCUCUUACCAUGUCAAAGUCUGACCUGGAGGCUCGCACUGGACACUCUGAGGUUUUUCCCAGGGCUCACAGGCUUGACUCUCUGGGAGGCUCGUGGGCUGGAAACCAGACCGGUUGGAGGGCAGGGGACCUGCUGGAAGAAGGUGCUGUGGGAGGAGCUUUGGCCUCUGAGGAAGGAAGUAAACAGGACCCCAUAAGCAGCGUAAAGAGGACGCAGGCUAUCCGCAGAAGACAUAAUGCAGGCAGUAACCCUACACCUCCCCCAUCCACCAUGGGAUCUCCACCAAGCCUUCAAGAUCUUCAACGGGCCCAUGUAUCUUCCCAUUCCCGUGCACGUGCCCUCCCUACAGCCCUACAGUUCGCCUCCUCGCUGCUGCUGCCUAGAAGUGGAGUGCAUGAAGCGUCUACAUUUGACGAUACCUCUGAGGGAGCCAUACACUACUUUUACGAUGAGAGUGUGAAUCGUUAUUCCUCAGGUAUUAAAAGAUCUUACACAUUUGGACCUGCAGGAGGAGGUUAUGAGGACCCACUGCAGGAGCGUGAGAGACAGUCCCAGUCCUCCAGCUUUACCUCAAAUGAUGUGCAGGAUGUGGCUCCGGCAUUAUCCUUGCUGCAGCCUAGACCUGUGGUCCUCCAGGGCAUGCAGGUGCGCAGGGUGCCUUUGGAGAUGCCUGAGUUUGACCUGGAUCAUGAGUCCUUGCAGGAAUCUCAGGAAAACACGCUGAUGAUCGAAGAGAAAGCCAAGCCGAAACAGUACUACAAGUUCUGGGUGCUGCCGGGAAAGUGGCUUAGAGUGCGCUAUGACCGGCUGGCACUUCUGGCCUUACUGGAUAGGAAUCGGCGGGUUGGCGAGAAUGUGUUUGCGGUGGUGUUGGCCAGCCUGGUGGCCUUUCUUGGCUUCUUACUGCUGCUGCACGGCUUCUUCCGGGACAUCUGGGUCUUCCUGUUCUGCUUGGUCAUCGCCAGCUGUCAGUACUCCUUAUUGAAGAGCGUGCAGCCCGACGCAGCCUCCCCAAUGCAUGGUCACAACUGGAUCAUCGUGUACAGCCGGCCGGUGUAUUUCUGCUUGUGCUGUAUGCUGAUUUGGGUCUUUGACUUUGCCGGCCAUUCCAGCAACCUGCAGCCUUUCUCACUAUAUGGAGUCACCUUCUUCUCUGCCCACUUCCUGCUGUGUGCCAGAGACAUGCUCAUAGUUUUCACCCUGUGUUUUCCAGUAAUCUUCCUCUUCGGACUUCUACCUCAGGUCAACACUUUUGUCAUGUGUUUGCUGGAGCAGAUUGACAUGCACAUGUUUGGUGGAACUGCCACUACAAGCCCCCUGUCCUCAAUCUUCAGUCUGUUACGCAGUGUCUUAGUAGCUGCUCUGGUUUAUGGCUUUUGCCUUGGUGCUAUCAAUGCCCCAUGGGGAGAGGCUCAUGUUCCAGUGCUCUUCUCUGUAUUCUGUGGCCUCCUUCUUGCCUUAUCAUACCACUUAAGCAGGCAAAGCAGUGAUCCCACCGUCCUGUGGUCUUUUGUACGUUCCAAAUUCUUUCCAGAGCUGGAAAGCAGGUCUCCUGAGGAGCCUCCUUUGGAGAUCAAGGACCCACUGCCAGAGAAACUGCGUAACUCUGUGAAGGAGAUUUUACACUCGGACCUGGUUAUGUGUCCUCUCAUGGCCAUUAUCAGCUUUGCCAUCAGUGCCAGUACCGUCUUUAUUGCUCUGCAGCCUGCUCUCAGUUUUGUCCUAUAUAUUCUGGCUGGGGUGGUGGGCUUUCUUACUCACUACUUACUGCCUCAGUUUCGCAAGCAGCUGCCCUGGUUCUGCCUGGCUCACCCAGUCCUACGCUCUCGAGAGUACAGCCAGUUUGAGGUUCGGGAUGCAGCUCAUCUCAUGUGGUUUGAGAAACUCUAUGCCUGGCUCCAGUGUGUAGAGAAGUAUUUUAUCUACCCGGCUGUGGUGCUCAACUCCCUGACUACAGAAGCCCACACCAUCAGCCAGAACCCUGACAAACCUGGCACAUAUGGUCGAGCUCUGUUCAUCUCCAUGGCUGGAAUGAAGCUGCUUCGCUCAUCCUUCUGCACACCCUCUCAACAAUUUGUUACUCUUUGCUUCACCGUCCUCUUCUUCCAGUUCGACUAUCCUCGCUUCUCCGAAACCUUCCUGCUUGACUACUACUUCAUGUCCAUCCUCUUUAGCAAGCUGUGGGACCUAUUGUAUAAGCUGCGCUUUGUGCUGACCUACAUCGCUCCGUGGCAGAUUACAUGGGGCUCUGCGUUUCAUGCCUUCGCCCAGCCAUUUGCUGUGCCCCACUCCGCCAUGUUGUUUGUGCAGGCUCUGUUCUCUGCCCUUUUCUCCACUCCUCUCAAUCCUGUGCUGGGCAGCGCCGUCUUUGUCACCUCCUACACUCGCCCUGUCAAGUUCUGGGAGCGGGACUAUAACACAAAAAGGGUGGAUCACUCGAAUACACGUCUGGCCACUCAGCUCGACCGUAACCCUGGUGCUGAUGACAACAACCUAAACUCUAUCUUUUAUGAGCACCUGACCCGCUCACUGCAGCAUUCUCUGUGUGGAGACUUGCUACUGGGCCGCUGGGGCACCUACAACACCGGUGACUGCUUCAUCCUGGCAUCGGACUACCUCAAUGCCCUUGUGCACCUCAUUGAAAUCGGCAAUGGGCUCGUCACCUUCCAGCUCAGAGGCCUGGAGUUCAGAGGUACAUAUUGUCAGCAGCGAGAGGUGGAGGCCAUCACCGAGGGGGUGGAGGAGGAUGAGGGUUGUUGCUGCUGUGAGCCAGGCCACCUGCCUCACAUGUUGUCCUUCAACGCAGCCUUUGGCCAGCGCUGGCUCGCUUGGGAGGUUGCUGCUACCAAAUAUGUCCUGGAAGGCUACAGUAUCAGCGACAACAACGCUGCCUCUAUGCUGCAAGUAUUUGAUCUGCGCAAGAUUCUAAUCACCUACUAUGUCAAGAGUAUCAUCUACUAUGUGAGCCGCUCACCCAAGCUGGAGGAGUGGCUGUCCAAUGAGACGGUGCAGGAGGCAUUAAAACCGUGUCUCAGUGCUUCCUAUGUUGACAGUGACCCCACCUUCAACCUAAACAUCGAUGAAGACUAUGACCAUCGAGCCUCUGGCAUCACCCCAGCUGCCUUCUGUAUGAUCUAUCUGGACUGGAUCCAGUACUGCAACAGCCGCAGACAGACGCCUGUGGACAGUGAAAGAGAAUCCCCUCUGGUCAUGCUCUGUUUUGGGCUUUGCAUUCUGGGCCGCCGGGCUCUCGGCACAGCGUCCCACAGCAUGUCCGCAAGCCUGGAGCCCUUCCUCUAUGGCCUGCAUGCUCUGUUCAAAGGCGAUUUCCGGAUCACCUCACCAAGGGACGAGUGGGUGUUUGCAGACAUGGACCUUCUGAACCGAGUGGUGGCACCUGGUGUGCGCAUGUCCCUCAAACUGCACCAGGACCACUUUACGUCUCCAGAUGAGUAUGAGGAUCCAGCUGUGCUGUACGACGCCAUCACUGCUAAUGAAGAAAAGAUGCUGAUCUCUCAUGAAGGAGACCCGGUGUGGCGCAGCGCCAUUCUGGCCAACAUGCCCUCACUUUUGGCCCUGCGUCAUGUCAUGGACGACGGCAGUGACGAGUACAAGAUCAUCAUGCUGAACAAGCGCUUUCUCAGCUUCCGAGUCAUAAAGGUGAACAGAGAGUGUGUGCGUGGACUGUGGGCCGGGCAGCAGCAGGAGCUGGUCUUUCUGCGGAACCGAAACCCUGAGCGUGGCAGCAUCCAGAAUGCCAAGCAAGCGCUGCGCAACAUGAUCAACUCAUCCUGCGAUCAGCCUAUCGGUUACCCCAUCUAUGUCUCCCCUCUUACCACCUCAUACGCUGGAGGUCACAGCCAGCUCCGGUCCGUCUGGGGAGGGCCUAUAAGCCCCCACAACAUCUACACAUGGUUUAUCAGCAGCUGGGACAGGCUACAGAAGGGCUGUGGUGCAGGCUGCAACAGUGGAGGGAAUAUAGAAGACUCUGACUGCGGCGGUGGAUCUUCCUCCAUCAGUAACAAUCCUCCCCAGAGCACCGCACCCACUGUUUCUCAGUCCCACCUUCCCACUGUGCAGCCAUCCAUGGGAACUGACAAUCCUGUUGGACCGAGCUGGCCUGUCCAUUCGCAGCCCCUUCCCUUGACCCUGCUUAGCCAAUCCGAGGGCCGGAUGGACGCAGGCUUGGUAAACUCUCUCCAGCGCACUUCCUCCAUUCAGGGCCUCCUGGGUCAGCACCUGUCUAGCUCACAGCUAUCCUUCAGUGCAUCUGUGGCUGUGCCACCCACUGAGCGGUUCUGUCCAGGCAGCUUGCAGGACAGUACCAGCCACAGAGCCUCUCAGAGGGGCAUCAGCAUGGGGCUUGGACAUGGAAGUGGCCUGCACUAUGAUGCCAUCUAUAGCAAGUGGAGUUUGUCAGGCAGGAAAGGCUUUAAUGGGCCAGCAGCAGUGGAAGGGGACGGAGGCUUGUCUCAUUGCAUCCGCACACAGUCUGUCCCACCUGUCCCACCCACUGAUGUCAGCCCAACACUGGAUUCAGUGGGUAUUUCUGUGCCCACAGAGACCACACCCCUUACAUCAGAUCCUCCCAGUUUACGGGAGGAGGCUACCGAACUGCCUUUACUUGAUCACCUGCGCUGAGCCUCUACACAGAUUAACCUGCACAAAGGCCUAGACCAAGUAAAGCUGGGAUCUGGAGCCGGUCUCCUGGUGAAACCAUGCUCGUUCUAGCUGAUAAAAAGACCUGGAAGCUUUGUUACUUGAGGUCAAGAUUAACUCUCAACCGAUUUUUGCGCUUUGUGCUUUUGCAGUGAUUGAUAUUAUUUAAAGCAUUUUUUUUGCUUAUUUUGUAUGGGAGCACAUUUUAAGAAAGGGUUCUGUACAGCAAAAUAACUUUUAGGUCACACCCCUGUAAGGCCAAGCUAUAAAACAUGUGAACCUCUGCUCACUAUAUUAAAAAAAAUAGUUCUGAUCACUAUUUCGGCUUAAUGGGUGAGAAGCCAAAAAAAAAAUGCCAAGCCAGUACAAUCUAAAGUAAUAUUUCUCCGUGUGUGGGGGUGUGAAGAUUCUUAGAAACUGGAUACAAAUCCUUUGCUUCAGCAAAAAAAGGGAAGAGACCACAAGCUGAAAGCUGAAAGCUCUCUCCUCACAUCCACCGUUCAACCACCUCGGCUGCUGAGCAUAACAAAGUCAGCAGGGUUUUCAUCUACAGCAGAAACAGAAGAAUCAUCAUUCCUGUUCUACAGACACGGAUCUUGCUAACCACCACCCCACACCCUACUCUCCCCACUGUUUCCUUUUCCCAGAGUUCAUUUCCAGCACUCUGGAGAAUUAACGUAAAGCAAUUCUAAAUAAAGCAGAAUACUUUAAUUUCCAGUGCCCACAGAAGGGUAUGUCUCGGUUGACGUCGAAAACCAAUGACAACCGAGUUAGCCAGUUUCAGGGGAAAGAUGUCGAUAGGUAUGUGGACAUAUUUAAGUAUAGACACUUCCCCUGACUUUUGGUGCUCUUCCUUGCAUAGUUUACAGUCCAUUUAAGGAAAGGACAAAAACGGAGAACCCUGAAAAUGUCCAGGGUGCAAACCUGAAGCAAAAGCAUCAACUAAUUCAGAUCCGUUUUACCCGUCAGAAUGAUGCUAUGACUUCACACCUUCAAAUCUUUAUAUAUGUAGACCACAGUUUAGCUUGUGACCCUUUUUUCCCCCUGUACAAGGCCUACCCUUUCUACCCAGCGGUCUCUGGACAUGCUGGAGUGGGAGGGAAACAGUGCUAGCUCUUUUUCCUCUUACUGCUGUCGAUCAGCAAGAACCUGCAGUACAGCUUCUCUUACUGUGAUACUACUGCUACUGCAACAUCCCCUCUACUACUAAUGGAACUAACCAAACUACUGCUCCUUUUGUCCUUUAAUCUCCAGCGUUUUAGUUGGAAGAACUUUGCAAAAACAAAUAAAGAUAUACACAAAAAAAACAACAAAAAAAAUUACAUAUUUAUUUGAUUGCUGUUUGAAGGUGGAGGGUGUGUUUAAUUUUUUUUUUUUCCUUUUCCCCUUGCAUCUGGUUGUCACUCGCUGAUGCUAGCUGGAAAGGCUGGAAAGAUAAUGCUACUCAGUUUUAGGGACCUUUUUGAAAUGUCUUCUUUCACACUCUCAAUCUCUUGUCUUAAAGUUUGCUUUAUAAUUCAACUGGAAUUAGAACAUCUUUAUGUUGAACUCAUCACCACAAUUCAAGAUCUUUCAGUCGAAGACCUCUCGUUUUGGCUCUGCUUUAUGCUCUCGUCUGUCGUUCUGUACAUAUAAGUGAAUUCUACAAUUUAUUGUAUGAGAAAUCCACCCACUGGUUCUCAUUCUUGUCAGAUAGAUAGAAUGACCACUUGUACCUAUUAGUAUAUAUUCCUAAACGAAAGCUAUUUAUAUUUCACUACACCUAGGUCAUUGUUAAAUCUACACUUCGGAAGUCAUUGAGCAAGUAGCCAAAAAAAAAAAAAAACAAUUUAACUGCCAUACAAAAUAGCCCAAUAGCUACCUUCAGUAUUCUGCAGUCACACUCCAUACAACCCUUUAAACUUGUAGGAAAUGUAAAGAAACUGUAACAAGGUCCUAAUUUUUGUGUUAAUCAGCACAGCAAUAUGAUAUUUAAAUCCUUCAGGUGUAGAAUUUUCUUUUCACGCAUGGUAGCACACAGAUAUCACAGAUGUUAGAGGAACACUAGGUUUAGAGUUCACUUGGCGUGCCUAGUCUGUCCUUGUGACAGCCACUAUCUAUCUUUGUGGUAAUGGCACUGUUUGCUUUAUCUUGCCUUUCUCAGGUUUUAAAACUUUUACUUUUUAUUAUUAUUAUUUUUUUUUUUUAUGAGAGAUCUUAUUUGGUCGUUCUGUUCCGACUCAUGCUUUUCAUGGACUGUCUGUCUGAUGCCCCUUUUAACAUUUUGACUGUACCUCCUCUAGAUGAUCCUGGGUUUGAUUUGGCUAGUGGUCUAAAUGUUUGUAGAACUAUUAGCCCAUUCCUCUGUGUAAUCUCUCCAAAGCUACAGGGAGUUCCUGUCCUGGUUUGGAGAAAGGCAAGCACAAGUUACUAUACAGUCCCUGGUGUCUGAGGUAAAAAAAGGGAUUGAAUGAAUCUCUGCCGUUUAUAAACGGUAUGUUUUGUAUAUAAGUAUAUAUAUAAAUAUAUAUUUAAAAGUAUAUAAAUCUAUUUUAUUAUUGGAUUAAUGAUUAUUUUUCAAAGACACUAUCACAGGGGAGCUGUUCUUAAAGCACUCUCUGACCUUCGAAUCAUAAGAGUUUUCGGAAGGAAAUCGAUUAAUACUGCUUUUGCACACAUUGUAAAAUAGUACAACAUCCCACUUUUUCUUUUUUCUUUUUUUUUAAAUCACCUUUUAGUUAUGUACGGGGUAUUGUUUUAUUUAAAAUCUGUUAUUCAAUAUUCAAAGGUUGUACAGAUUUUUUUAUGUGAUCUUUUCUUCUAUUUAAAUUAAAGCUUUUUUGUCAUCAUU